CUUCAGAUUUUUCUCAUCAUCUUGAAAUCUUUUAUAUAUUUUUUUUUGUUUCAUUGGUGAAUGUUAAUGUAAUUAUGUGUAGAGUCGAUGGCACCAUCAAAAAAAUCAACAACAACAACAACAACAAUGACGACAUCGUCAAUGUCGUUCAUCAAUGAUAAUAAUCUUAUUGUGAAACCAAAAUCAUUAUUUCAAUAUUUUAAUCCAACAUCGGCAACAUAUCAGGUAAAUCCUAAACCUAGACAAACAACAUUAUUAAAACGACCAAAAUCAUCGAUAAUAUCAUCAUGUUCAUCGAUAAACAAUGAAAAAAUUAUCGUCGAUCCAUCUAUAUUGAAUUCAAAAUCAUUAGAUUCUUCGUUGUCUACAGAUACUAAACUACAUGAUACUAUUGAAAUAAUGCAUUCAGAAGUUAAAACUUUUCAAAAUGAUGACUAUAACGGUAAUGAUGUCGAUGAUGAUAAUUCAAUUACAAAAACCGAUAUUGUUACACAGGAAAUUUGUUGUCUAUUAGCCGAAGGUUCACCUACUUGUUUUAUAUCAAAUUUUUCAUCAAUGAUUGAACUUUAUGAAAAAAUUGCUCAUUGUUUUGAUAUAUCUGCGAAAGAGAUAAUGUAUUGUACAUUGAAUACACCAAAAAUCGAUAUGGAUCAAGUACUUUGUGGACAAAUUUGUCUUAAUGAUAUUGUAUUCGUUCAUCGAAAAGGUCGUCGUAAAGAUGUUGAAAUAAAAAAAACUGAACAAUUUUUAGGUCUUACUAUUGCCGAUAAUGGUUAUGGUUGUUCAUAUAUUAAAAAUAUUCAUCAAAAUUCUGUUGUAUCAAAAAUUCCAUUUAUUCAAGUUGGUGAUCAAAUUGAAUCAAUAAUGGAACAAAAUAUGAUUGGUAAUCGUCAUUAUGAGGUUGCAAAUUUUCUUAAAUCAAUUCAAUUGAAUGAAAUAUUUACAAUCACUUUGAUUGAACCGAUUGCAGCAAUGGGUAAUAAUGUCCAAUUACGAAUCAAUAACAAUAAUAAUAAUUGUACAGAAAAUUGUUUUGAUGAAAUUGACGAUGAUGAUGAUGAUGACAAUGACAAUUAUAAUGAUAGAAUAGUUUUAUAUACAGGCCUUUAUUAUAUAAAUAAACAAUUGGAAAAAUUUAUUGGUAUUAAUGAUGAUGAAUUGGCUGAAGAAUUAUGGUUGAUGGCUACUACUACCACCACCACCGAUAAUAUCAAUGACACUAUUGAUCAUCAUCAUCAUAAUGAUAUAUUUUCGAUUGAACAAUCACAACAAAAGCAACAGAAAUAUAAUGAUGAUGAUGAACAAAAUAAUCAUCAAAAUAUAGAAAAUGGCCACAACAAUGAUGAUAACAAUAUUGUAAUGUUGAAAAAUGAUUCCAAACUACUACGACAACCAACUAAAACACCAACCGAAUUUACAUAUUCAAUACAGAAUUCUGAUUUAAGUGAUUUUAAAUUUACUGAAAAUUUUCUAUUCGAUAUAUGGUCGAUUGUACAUGAUGUACUUGAUGGUACAUUAAAAUUACCAAGCUAAA